GGUGACGUAUCAGGAAACAAGGAAGUAGGUGCAGUGCUCUCGCUUAUCGUUUCCCCUCGGUGCGCCUCCCCCUACAGCGGGAGCCACGAGAAACUAGCUGUGCUAGUAAUGACCUUUCGGGGCAAAACACAAACCGACAUGUGAUUUAUACUUUUUACUAUACCAGAGCUGGCUAGUUAACGUGGCAGAAAUGUCCCUUAUUCGCGUGGCUGUGUCUCGCGCGCGCCUCCGGGCGCCUCCGUUCGACUUGCUAACAAAUCGUAAAUGCUCGGUAACAAACGUGGGGACGCGUCCCGGCUGCCCGCCGACCCACAGCUCACACCUAACGUGUUCGUUUUGCUCCCAGACCCACAAUCCGAAGGUGCCAGAGUCCCCGACAUGGGAGCCAGUCCCGGAGGACCAGCUGCCCCCGCCCACCAAAAUCCCGGCUGAUUUGGUGGACAAGCUGGAGCGACUGGCCCUGGUUGACUUCCGCACCAAGCAGGGUCUGGACUGCCUGGAGAAGGCCAUACGCUUCGCCGACCAGCUCCACGUUGUGGACACGUCAGGGGUCGAGCCCAUGGAUUCAGUUCUGGAGGACAGGGCCCUGUACCUGAGGGGAGACGCGCCGAUGGAGGGGAACUGUGCCGAGGAGCUGCUGCAGCUCUCCAAAAACACAGUUGAAGAGUAUUUUGUUGCACCACCAGGAAAUAUUCCGUUCCCCAAGAGAGAGGAGAGGGCUGCCAUACUGAAGCACUCGGAGUUCUGAUGUUUCCGAAGAUUUUGGGAAUAUUUAUUGACUUGGUUUUGUAUUUUUAGAGUGGAAGUGCAUAUUGAGUAAUGCAAUAAAUAAAUAUAUACCUAUUUAUGUAUCUGUAUUGUUUUGUAUCUGUCACUUCAGUGUGACCUCAAAAGCCUCUUUUCAUUUUCUGUUUCAUUUCCCUUUCAGAAUCCAUUACACCAAAGUGAGUCAGCUGUGUUUUGACACACAGGUAUGAGAUGUCAGGGCGGAGUAGUGUGUACACAUGCUGGUGAUAAUGCUCUGUUAUACCUUACCUCCACUUUGUCAGACUUUAUUUUGAAUUAGAUCUCAUUGUCACAGAUGAUUGCAUUUUCCAAUAAAGAGGUUCUCUACACAGCUGCCAGGGUC